AGCUAGCUGUGACACACACCACUUAACAAGAAAGUGACUUGAACAGAAUUUAGAAUAAGGACAGUUCUCUAGCGUUUCUUUUAAAGAACUGGAUUCGAAUUGUACGAGGAUUUGGGAAAGUUCACUUUUUGAGGAUUUUCUAAACAAUGCGAGUUUAACUUUCAAAAAUGAACGCCACUACGACCGUAAAGUCAGUGCAACCCUUCGAAGUCGAGAAGAACUGUUAUUUCAUCGAAGUUAACCUCGAUUUGCCUUUUUACGUGUAUUUCACGAACACAGCAACUUCCGUUGUAAACGGGGUUUCAUCUGUUGUAGCGGUAACAGCAAACGCCUUAGUGCUCGUUGUUAUAUGGAGAAGCCAUGCUCUGCACACGGCUGCUAACGUUUUAUUAGGCUGUUUGGCCUUCUCUGAUGUAAUGGUUGGUUUGGUUUCUCAACCUGCAUACAUUGUCUCCAGAGUUAGUGAAAACCACGGUGACUUCCAACGUCUUUGCAUUUCGCACCUGGUUGCAGAGAUAACAGGCUGGGCAGCUUCUGGAGUGUCGUUUCUCACUUUGACAGCUAUUGGUGUAGAGAAGUAUAUUUCACUGUUUCGACCUUUGAGAUAUCACACGUUCGUUACGACUAAGAAGAUGCUUACUUUAGUCCUGUGCUUUUGGAUAUACCUUAUUUUGAACCAAGCCGCGCGCUUUUGGUUUCUCGAUAGCAAGUCAGCUGCCUGUUUGGUCGUUGUUGUGAUUGUUUCUUGCCUUAGCGUCAGUUUUUGGUCUUACUGGAAGAUCUACACUAUUGCAUCUCGACAUCAAAACUCUGUUCGAGACAUCGCGCUUGUAACCGCGCGCUUGCAUGGCAGAGAGGUCUCAAAAUCUGUGCUACGCGAGAGGAAGGCUGCAAAUGCCAUGCUCGGAGUAUUUUUGCUGUUUCUGUUUUGUUAUUGUCCCAUGGUGUUCUGUUCGGUAGCGUUUCAAGUCACAGGGUUUACAACGUCUAUUAAAGUUGCAUUUAACGUAUCCGGGACAUUAUCAUUUGUGAACAGCUCUUUAAACCCACUCUGGUAUUGCUGGCGUAUUGGGGAAAUACGGCGCGAAAUACGGAAGUUAUUUCUUAAAAGCACAGUUGAUGGUAUAUCGACUACUGGGACGGCUACCAGAGCCAGCUUUGUGUGUAGGAAUGACGGUCUUGAUUUGAUCAACUCCGAGGUAUUCACAAAAGAAAAUAGUGUAGCUCCCGUCGGGAUUUGAGUAAGUCAAGCUCAGUUUAGCAUUCCCUAAAGGCAGAAAUUAAAUAUAGGUGUUUCCUUUGUGUGUUACUAGGUUACACAAGUCAACAUGAUGUUAGCUGAUAUGACAUGGUACUUGAUGGUGUGGCAGGUCCAAAGAGAUGUGAAAAAUGGCAAAAUUAACAUUUUGCCAAUCCCAGAAUUUCUCAAAUAACAUUGUAUGUUUAGGGACGUCAGUUUUCGUUAUAUUUCUAGUGUGGGCCUUUUAAAAUAGCAAAUGUUUUCACGGGAAUUUGCAAUUCCGGUUUGUAAUAACAAAAGAGAGCCUUUCCUUUUUCUUGAUUGAAGAAACUCUUAAAAUGACAAGAUGAAAUUGCAAAGUGAAAUGAAACCAAUGGAAAAUUGAUUGAAAUAUGAUUGAAGUUACUUAUCCGAACAUCAGAAAGCUGUGUUCUGGUGUGAUACGUUGCCUUUAUUUAUUCACUAUAUGUAUGAAAGCUGAAAGCUUGUGGCGUCGUGUACAAUACAUUACUUCUAGAUAUGAAGUGGUGAUUUCUGGGAGAAAGACGAUGCAAUUCCUACACACAUUUCGAAUCGUAUUAUUUUUGGGAGAAAGACGAGCAAUUUAAUUUGUCCCCGCAGCUAUGCCGAGUUGUGAAGUGUCCAGCCAGCUAUUUUUCACAGGAGAUUUAACUUCUCUCCGCGUGCAAAGUUGUGACGUUCGAUCAAUAUAUAUAAGAUCACCAUUUUAGCCACGGCAGUUGUACUUUAAGUCAAUUCAAUCAUCAGCAUGUUGACCUCUUGCUGUGUUAAACUUUGAAACCAACUUAUAACAUCUCAGGAAAGCACCCCACAUCCCAGGGUAGAUAAUUAUCAGCCGAGACAACAUUGCGAGCUUCAAAGAUCGCCAACCUGUUCCCUCCCCACGGGUUAAGCACCAGCCUUUCUCCAAAACGUCUCAAGAAGAAAACACUUUGUCGCAACCAACAAAGUUUAAGCCGCUUCCGGCAGUACUACGCUCGACAGAGAGUAGUGGUCUGGAGCAGAACACUGAGAGCCAAAAACACCUGCAGAAAUUAAGAGGUCCAGGCAACAGGGAAAGAAACUUCAAAGUCCAAUUUUAUCAUUCCGCAGGACUUAAGCACACUGAGAGCCCCUGAGGUUUUCGAGUGCCUAAGGGGUCCUAACAUGUAACAGUUAGAGAAGAUUUUCAGCGAGCAUCAGGUUCAUGGCGGCACGCUCGUGUGUUUGGAUGAACAAGCUCUGGAGUCGUUUGGAAUGGAUUGUUCUAAUUUCAUCGUAUAAAAUUCUUAAAGUGAUCGCUGACUGGAGGCCACAGCUGUGGAAACUAGCCGUCACACACAUCUCUAGAACGUAGAUCUAGAAUCUUUUAAACAAUGCAUGGGUACAGCGCGUUUUCCACUAGCAUGAAAGAUCUUUGUUGCUCUAUUGAUAGUGAUUGGUUACUCGAUGUGAAUCGCACUGUAGCACACUGGACUUCCUCUUACUAUGUUAAGAAGGAAUACGUUGUUGAUCAUUGUCGUGCUGUAAGGGCGUACCAGAUACCCUGUAAAAGAUAUGAUGUUGUGCAAAAGUUAACAUCUUUGUAGAAAUGAGUUUAUCGAAGGUUAUGAGAGAAAGCGUGGAAGUGUGAUUAGAGAGCUGCAGUUGGAAUCCGGUGGAACGGAUUUGAGUGUUCCAUGCCUGAUUUUGUUGUGGGUAGAGACGAGUUCAAGUCCCAGACCAACCAACUGGUACGCCUCGUGCUACUUGGAAUUUUUGAUCAUGAACAUUGAUUUGAGUCUGAUUAUGUUCAAUUGCAAUAUUUGUUGCGGUUUGUUUGCAUUUCUAAACUUUGACUAAAAAUAAAAUAUUGUCAAUAUUGAUUUCUUAUCUCUGGUCACAGCCGUACGUGCCACUUAGGCAGGGCUGAAGAGGAUCAUGUCAUGCCAAUAUUAAUUUCUAAUUGACAUCAUGAUCACAUGCCUAUACAUGCAUUUCUAAAUAAUGUUCCAGUAUAUUCAAAAUCGUCCAGAAACAGCAUUUGCAACCCAAGAGAUAUUCGAUCUGAUAUAGACGAUCGACUUUCAUAAGAUUCAGCUGGUGCUGAUGAAUCUUUCCAGCGCACUCAUGUAUAGGAUGCGGUACUCAUUAUGGUAUUGGGAUGUUUUGUCUGACUGAGGCAGGAGAGCAACAAAUCGAUUGGGUCCCUGAAACGGACUGAGCAACUUUGGAAAGCCAUACCAUUUGCUAAACUCCCAUGUCAAAAUUGACAAUGGAGAUGCCAAAAAUAUGGCAGAUAAGUCUAUCAAGAUAACCAUUUUUACAAUUUAGGAAACAUUGUAAAAUAAAUGCAUGUAAAUACGCUAAAGUAAUUUAUAUUUCCCUGUUGUUUGAAUUAUGGAAAAUGUACAAAUAUUUCAAAUAAAAUCAAAUUAUAUCUUAAAUCUAAAA